AUGGGAGACUCCAACAAUAAGAACAUAGAUAAAGUGCAGGUUGAUCAUGGAAAGGAUGAAUCCGACAGCAGCAGCAGCGAGGAGUUUGUUUAUGAACCGAGGAGUUCACGGAAAAAGAGAUUCAUGGAUAACCUGAUAAAUAGUUUUAUAAAUAAUAAAAAGAAGAGAAAAGAUGAAUAUGAAUUAGAGGAUGAGAAACGGGGGAGUAAAUAUGAUUCAAGUGAAAAAUCCAUGGGAAGUGAAAAUAAUGAGAACGACGAGGAGGAUGCAGAAAAACAUAAUAACAAAGAAGAUAAGAAGAAAAAGGAUGGAAUAAAAAAGGACAUGAAUAAAAAAAUGGAAAAUGAAGUAAAGACAAAUAUGCAGAAAAGUUUGCUAGAAACAUAUUAUAAAAUGAGACUGGAAGCACAAAACAAUGCAGUAGAUGAAACAGAAGAAAUUCGAAAAAGAGAAGAAAAAAUAUUAGCACAAGUAUCAAAAGCUUUAAAUGCACCAUUACAAUCAGUUAAGGAAAGGGCUAAAGGUAUUGUAUAUAAAGAAAACUUUAAAACAAUAUGGACAUUGCCUAAGAAAUAUAAACAAUUAAGUAACAAAUAUGUAAAUAAAAUACGAAAUGUAUUUUAUAUUGAUGUAAGUGGAAAUGAUAUACCACCACCAAUUAAAAAUUUCCGCGAUAUGAAAUUUCCGAAACCAAUUUUAAAAGCUUUAAAAAAAAAAAAAAUUGAUAAACCCACACAAAUACAAAUGCAAGGAUUACCAUCUAUAUUGUUAGGAAGAGAUAUCAUUGGAAUUGCAUUUACAGGAAGUGGAAAAACGAUAGUUUUUGUUUUACCCUUAGUUAUGAUAUGUUUAGAAGGAGAAAUGCGAUGUAAAAUUGAAGAUGGAGAAGGACCAUUAGGUCUUAUUGUAUGUCCAUCUAGAGAAUUAGCAACACAAACACAUAAUGUUAUAAAAUAUUUUUGUGAGUUUUUACAUAAUGAUGAUUUUCCAAUGUUAAAAAGUUUAUGUAUGAUUGGAGGUAUAAGUACAUAUGAGCAAGGGAGAGAAAUACAGAAAGGCAUUCACAUGGUUGUAGCUACUCCUGGUAGACUGAACGACAUGUUAAAUAAAAAAAGGAUGACUCUUGAGCAGUGUAGAUACUUAUGUUUUGAUGAAGCAGAUAGAUUAAUUGACUUAGGGUUCGAAGAAGAGGUGCGUAAUACAUUAGAUCAUUUUUCUCGUCAAAGGCAAACAUUGUUAUUUAGUGCCACUAUGCCUAAAAAAAUUCAAGAAUUUGCCAAAUCAACAUUAGUAAAUCCUAUAAUAAUAAAUGUAGGAAGAGCUGGUGCAGCUAAUUUAGAUGUUAUACAAGAAGUAGAAUAUGUUAAAGAAGAAUUAAAAUUGUCAUACCUGUUAGAAGUAUUGCAAAAAACAGGACCACCUGUUUUAAUUUUUUGUGAAAAUAAAAAAGAUGUAGAUGAUGUACAUGAAUAUUUAUUACUAAAAGGAGUAAAUGCGAUUGCUAUACAUGGUAAUUUAGGACAGUCGGAAAGACAAGAAGCUAUUAAUUUAUUUAGAGAAGGGAAAAAAGAUAUUUUAGUUGGUACAGAUGUUGCAUCGAAAGGUUUGGAUUUCCCAUCUAUUGAGCAUGUAAUUAAUUACGAUAUGCCAAAAGAUAUUGAAAAUUAUGUACAUCGAAUUGGUAGAACAGGUAGAUGUGGAAAAACUGGAAUUGCAACAACCUUUAUUAACAAAAAUCAAGAAGAAGCUAUUUUGCUAGAUUUAAAAGCUUUACUAAUUGAAGCCAAACAGAAAAUACCUCCCUUUCUGGAAAUGUUAGAUAGUAAGGGAAUAAACUUAAAAGAAAUAGGUGGAGUUAAGGGCUGUUCCUACUGUGGUGGCUUAGGGCAUAGAAUCACACAAUGCUCAAAACUGGAAAGCCAAAGAAAUAAGCAAAUCUCAUUCACGAACAAGGACAUAUUGUCUAGUAGUAACAAGCAUAAUAAUAUGCAUGCGUACACAGGGGAUUGGUGA